GCCGGUCUGGUUCAGCCGGUCCUUCGAAGCAUCUUUCAUUUUUACAGCAUCAGUGGAAAAAUUAAAGCAAAUGAAAUGUUUUUUAUUAAACCAGUUUAGUGUUUUUCACACCGUUUGUGUCUCAGGCACCUCAAGAAAAAAGCCUGAAAUAAAGUAAGAAGGUUCUUUUGGUUUGAUGAGGCUGUGAACUCCAGUAACCCCGCGAGCAUCUCUGACCUGUGACGUCGGCAGCUGCUCCAUCAGUGGAUCCAGCAGCUCUGCCUCUGCUCUCAUUGGCCAUGACUGUGAAGCGGCUGUCAGCCCAUGUGGCGUGGCCAUCCAUAACACAGCGCAUUUAUAUUCCCCAGCAGAAGCUUCAUUCAGAUCGCAGCGCGACACGCAGAACACAGUGAUUCAGGAUGGAGGAGAUCGUCAUAGCCGGAAUAUCAGGCCGUCUGCCAGAGUCCCACAACCUGGAGGAGUUUUGGGAAAACCUCAUCAAAGGCGUGGACAUGGUGACUGAGGACGACCGUCGGUGGACACCAGGUUUGUACGGUCUUCCCAAAAGAAAUGGCAAACUGAAGGACAUCAGUCACUUCGAUGCAGCGUUCUUCGGCGUCCACCCCAAACAGGCCCAUACCAUGGACCCCCAGCUGCGGCUCAUGCUGGAGGUCUCCUAUGAAGCCAUCGUGGAUGGAGGUCUGAACCCGAACAGUCUGCGCGGCAGCAGGACUGGCGUCUACGUUGGAGUGAGCGGCUCUGAAGCCGGCGAGGCCUUCAGCAGAGACCCAGAGGAGCUGUUGGGCUACAGCAUGACGGGCUGCCAGCGGGCCAUGUUGGCCAACAGACUCUCCUACUUCUUUGACUUCAAAGGCCCCAGUGUGACCAUCGACACAGCCUGCUCCUCCAGCCUGCUGGCCUUAGAAAACGCCUUCCACGCCAUCCGGCAGGGCCACAUCGACGCCGCCCUGGUGGGAGGAGUCAACCUGCUGCUGAAGCCAAACACUUCGGUGCAGUUCAUGAAGCUGGGGAUGCUCAGCCCUGAUGGGACCUGCAAGUCUUUUGACUCCUCAGGGAAUGGAUACUGCCGUUCUGAAGCGGCGGUGGCGGUGCUGCUGACCAGGACGUCUGCAGCAAAGAGAGUCUACGCCACCAUAAUCAAUGCAGGCAACAAUACGGACGGAUACAAAGAGCAAGGCGUCACGUUCCCAUCAGGUGACAUGCAGCAGACCUUGGUUCAUUCUCUCUAUCAGAAGGCAAACGUUUCCUCUGAUCAAGUGGAGUACGUAGAAGCCCACGGCACCGGAACCAAGGUGGGAGACCCGCAGGAGGUGAACGGCAUUGUGGGUGUUUUCUGCCAGGCCAAACGAGAGCCUUUGCUGAUUGGCUCCACCAAAUCAAACAUGGGCCAUCCAGAACCGGCAUCUGGUCUGGCAGCUCUGGCCAAGGUGGUUAUGUCUCUGGAGCGAGGCCUUUGGGCUCCCAACCUGCACUUCAAACAGCCCAACCCUGACAUCCCCGCCCUGAGCGACGGUCGGGUCCAGGUGGUAGACCGGCCCAUUCCUGUUCAAGGAGGCAUUGUGGGAAUCAACUCCUUUGGAUUCGGGGGCUCAAACGUUCAUGUCAUUCUUCGUCCCGCCGGUAAACCCACCGACCCGACCGGACCCACCGACCCGGCGGGACUCAGGACAGUUCCCAGAAUGCUUCCAGCGUGCGGCCGCACCGAGGCUGCGGUGAAGGCGCUCCUCCAGAGGGCGGAGGAUCACAACACCAAUGAAAGCUUCCUGUCUCUGCUGAGCAGCCUGUCAGAGAUGCCUGUGGCCAGCAUGCCCUACAGGGGUUACGUUCUGCUCGGUUCACAGAGUGACAUCAGGGAGGUGCAGCUGGUUCAGGCUGCAGGCAGACCGCUGUGGUAUGUCUGUUCCGGUAUGGGGACACAGUGGGCCGGGAUGGGCCGCAGUCUCAUGCAGUUGCCGGACUUCAGAGAGUCCAUUCUGCGCUCCGAUGUCGCCCUGAAGGAGACCGGCCUGGUUGUGUCUCAGCUGCUCCGUGAAGCGGACGAAGCCACCUUUGAGGACACGGUUAACGCCUUCGUUGGUCUUGCUGCCAUACAGAUUGCCCUGAUCGAUCUGCUCAGGAAGAUGGGCCUUGAGCCGGACGGCAUCAUAGGACACUCUGUGGGAGAACUGGCCUGUGGAUACGCUGAUGGUUCCUUCAGCCACAGUGAGGCCAUUCUGGCUGCCUACUGGAGAGGCCACUGCAUCAAGGUGGCAGAUCUUCCUGCAGGAGGCAUGGCAGCAGUUGGGUUGACCUGGGAGGAGUGCAUCAGCCAGUGUCCUCAGGGAGUUGUUCCAGCCUGCCACAACGCUGAAGACUCCGUCACUAUCUCUGGUCCUCAGGAAGCUGUCCAGGCUUUUGUGUCUAACCUCAAAGAGCAAGGAAUAUUUGCCAAAGAGGUUCGCAGUGCCGGCGUGGCGUUCCACUCCUACUAUAUGGCCUCCAUUGCUCCCAACUUGCUGGCUGCUCUAAAGAAGGUGAUCAAGGAGCCCCGCCAGCGUUCCUCUCGGUGGAUCAGCACCAGCAUACCUCAGUCUGAGUGGGACUCUCCCCUGGCGAGGUACAGCUCAGCCGACUACCACGUCAACAACCUGCUCAGCCCCGUGCUUUUCCAGGAGGCCCUCAGUAUGGUACCUGACAACGCCGUGGUGCUGGAGAUCGCGCCUCAUGCUCUGCUGCAGGCCAUCCUGAAGCGCAGCCUGAAGCAAUCCUGCUCAAUCCUUCCUUUGAUGAAGAGAGGACACACCAACAACCUCCAGUUCUUCCUCUCAAACAUUGGAAAACUCUACAUGAACGGGAUCAACCUGGAUUCUGCUGGUCUGUACCCAGCGGUGAGCUACCCUGUCCCGGUCGGCACCCCCAUGAUCUCUCCCAUGAUUGGCUGGGACCACAGUCAGACCUGGGAUGUCCCCAAAGUAGAACAUUUCUCCCACAGCUCAGGAGGAUCUAAAUCUGCUGCCAUCUAUAAUAUUGAGAUAAACCCGGAGUCCCCGGACAACUACCUGAUCGAGCACUGCAUCGACGGCCGCUUUCUCUACCCAGCAACGGGCUACCUGCUGCUGGCCUGGCGCACCUUGGUCAGGAGUCAGGGGAUCGUGAUGGAAAGCACCCCUGUGAGAUUUGAUGACGUGAAGAUUCACAGGGCCACCAUCCUGCCAAAAACCGGCUCUGUUCAGUUAGAGGUGCACCUGAUGCCCGCCACCAGCAGGUUUGAGGUGUCAGAGAACGGAAACCUGGUUGUUAGCGGUAAAGUUAGCAUCACUGAGGACAACGAUCUUCAGUCACUCCAAAUCGCUUUGAAUCAGCAAAAGGAAAACGCGAAUGACUCCAAUAUUAAACUAAAGUCACAUGACGUCUACAAAGAGCUGCGGCUGCGUGGCUAUGAUUAUGGGAAGGCCUUCCAGGGCAUAUUGGAGUCCAGCGGUGAAGGAGACAGUGGGAAGCUGCAGUGGACGGGAAACUGGGUGACCUUUCUAGACACUAUGCUGCAGAUGAUGGUGGUCGGCCUACCGGGUCGCAGUUUGCGUUUGCCAACCAGAAUCCGCUCUGUGUGCAUUGAUCCUGCCAUCCAUGUGGACAAAGUGUGCGAGUACGCUGGAGGAAGGCGAGCUGUUGAUGUCCAGGUGAGCCGCUGCCUGGACAGCAUUGUGGCCGGUGGAGUACUGAUCUCUGGUCUGCAUGCCACGGUGGCCCCCCGCAGGCAGCAGCAGCAGAACCCCCCCACUCUGGAGGAGUUUGUGUUCGUUCCUCAUGUGAUGACAGAGUGCCUGGCAACCAAUCAGAGCCUCACUGAGCAGCUGCACCUCUGCAAAGCUUUAAUUCACAAACUGCAGCUGAAGUUGGCUCCUCAUGGCAUCAAGCUGCCUGAUCCUGGGUCAGCAGGAGACCAGGCUGAUUCUCUCCCCAACCAGGAAGCAUCUCAGCCUGGUUUGCCGCGGCUGCUGAGGCUUCUGGGUGGACUGCAGCUGAACGGGAACCUUCAGUCUGAGCUGGAGCAGGUGGUAGUUAAGGAGCGGGCGUGUCUGCUGCAGGACGCUCUGCUGCACGCUCUGCUGGACGAUCCAGGUCUUCGACACUGCCUGGACAUUUGCACUGAGAACUGUACCCCAGGGAAGAUCAGAGUCCUGGAGGCUCUGGCUGAUGAUGGCCAGCUUUUCACUCGUGUGGUUCCCCUCCUGAACAUCCAGCCAAUGCUGGAUGUGGACUACACUGCCACAGCCACACACCUGGAUCUUCUGUCCCCCCAUGAAGCCAAGCUGGAGGAGCUGGCAGCGGCUGCAGCUCAGUGGGACCCUCUGAAAGAGCCAGCUCCUGGAAGGAUGGCUGCAGGAGCAGACCUGGUGGUGUGUAACCAUGCUUGGGGUGCCCUGAGGACCGACCCCAGACAGCUGGUGGAUAACCUGGCCUCCGGGGCCAAAGAGCAGGGAUUUGUUCUUCUCCACACCUUGCUAAAGGGCCAGACUCUGGGAGAGAUGGUGGCCGUCCUCACCAGCAGCCCCCAGGGCAGCGCUGGAUGUGGCCUGCUCACACAGGCUGAGUGGGAGGCGGUCUUCUCUGAGGCCAACCUGACCCUGAUAGCACUCAGGAAGUCCUUUUAUGGCUCUGUCCUUUUCCUCUGUCGCCACAAAUCUCCCAGCAAGCAGUGCGUCUACCUACCUGUGGACGGCUCGGACUUCCUGUGGGUGGAAAAACUCAAGGCCCUACUGGCAGAUCCAUCAGACGCCGCCGUGUGGCUGAUGUCGUCAGAGGCCCACAGUGGGAUUGUGGGAAUGGUCAACUGUCUGCGUCAGGAGCCUGGUGGCAGCCGGAUCCGCUGCAUGUUUGUGUCCAAUCUGAAUGGAUCUUCAGCAUCGCCAUGCCUGGAGCCUGGCCAGAAGUCCACGGAGUCAGUGAUGGAGGGGGAUCUGGUGAUGAAUGUGUUCAGAGACGGACGGUGGGGAACUUUCAGACACCAGCUCAUCUCUCAAGAGCCAAAGGAGGAGCUGACAGAGUCUGCAUUCAUCAAUGUUUUGACUCGAGGUGACCUCUCCUCCUUGCGCUGGAUCACCUCCCCUCUCCGCCACUCCUCCUCCAGCAGCUCCUCUCUGAAGACGUGUCACGUUUACUACAGCUCUCUGAACUUCAGGGACAUCAUGCUGGCCACCGGAAAACUUCCUCCAGAUGCUAUUCCAGGGGACAUGGCCCUCCAGCAGUGCCUGCUGGGGAUGGAGUUCUCUGGUCGGGAUCCUAAAGGUCAGCGGGUCAUGGGUCUGCUCCCUGCUAGAGGCCUGGCCACCGCAGUGGAAGCAGAUCAACGCUUCCUGUGGGAGGUUCCCCUCAGCUGGACCCUGGAGCAGGCCGCCUCUGUGCCUGUAGUUUAUGCUACUGCCUAUUACUCCCUGGUGGUGCGCGGCCGGCUGCGGCCCGGGGAGACGGUUCUCAUCCACUCGGGUUCUGGGGGCGUCGGCCAGGCGGCCAUCGCUAUAGCGCUCAGCAUGAACUGCAGAGUCUUCACUACAGUUGGUUCUGCAGAGAAGAGGGCCUACCUGCAGGAACGCUUCCCUCAGCUGUCUGCAGAAUCCUUUGCGAACUCCAGAGACGUCUCCUUUGAGCAGCACAUCCAGCUGCAGACCAAGGGCAAAGGUGUGGACGUGGUGUUAAACUCUCUGGCCGAGGAGAAGCUGCAGGCGAGCGUCCGCUGCGUGGCCCGACACGGACGAUUCCUAGAGAUCGGAAAAUACGACCUUUCCAACAACUCUCCACUGGGUAUGGCGUUGUUCCUGAAGAACGUGGCCUUCCACGGCAUCCUGCUGGAUGCGCUGUUUGAGGAGGGCAACAAGGAGUGGGAGGAGGUGUCCCAGCUGCUGAAGCAGGGCAUUCUGGGAGGUGUAGUUCAGCCUCUAAGGACCACCGUUUUUCAGAGGGAUGAGGCGGAGCAGGCCUUCAGAUACAUGGCCCAGGGCAAACACAUCGGCAAAGUGGUCCUGCAGAUCCGCAGUGAGGAGCAGGGUCCAGCCGUCCAGCCCGCCUCCCGUCUGCUUCUUCCCGCCGUUUGUCGUACUUUCUGUCUCCCGUCGCACUCUUACAUCAUCACUGGCGGACUGGGAGGGUUCGGCCUGGAGCUGGCCCAGUGGCUGAUUGAGAGAGGAGCCUGCAAACUGGUGCUGACCUCUAGAUCUGGCAUCAGGAAUGGUUAUCAGGCCAAGCGGGUUGGCGAGUGGCGCAGGCAGGGCGUGAGCGUGCUGGUUUCCACCAGUGACGUCAGCACACUGAAGGGGACCCAGGAACUGGUCAGAGAAGCCAGCGCACUGGGCCCAGUAGGCGGAGUCUUCCAUCUCGCCAUGGUGCUGAAAGACGCCAUGUUGGAGAAUCUGACCCCUGAGCUGUUUGUUGAUGUCAGUAAACCCAAACGCGACGGCACCAUCAACCUAGACAGAGUGACCAGACAGCUGUGUCCAGACCUCAGGUACUUUGUGGCCUUCUCCUCUGUCAGCUGCGGCCGUGGGAACGCCGGCCAAAGUAACUAUGGUUACGCCAACUCUGUGAUGGAGCGCGUGUGUGAAAAGCGGCGCUUCGAUGGCCUGCCGGGGUUGGCGGUCCAGUGGGGGGCUAUUGGAGACGUGGGAGUGGUGCUGGAGACGAUGGGCGGAAACGAUGUAGUGAUUGGGGGCACCCUGCCCCAGCGCAUCACUUCCUGCCUGGAGGUGCUGGACCUGUUCCUGCAGCAGCAGCAGGCGGUGAUGUCCAGCUUCGUGCUGGCAGAGAGGAGCACAGUGAGGAGCGAGGCGGGGAGUCAGAAGGACCUGGUGGAGGCCGUAGCUCACAUUCUGGGAGUUCAGGAUGUGAAGCAGCUGAACGCUGAGGCCUCGCUGGCCGACUUGGGCUUGGACUCUCUGAUGGGCGUGGAGGUUCGCCAGACGUUGGAGCGGGACUACGACAUCGUGAUGGCUAUGAGGGAGAUCCGCCAGCUCACCAUUAACAAGCUGCGGGGGUUGGCAGAAGGAACGAAAGAUUGUAAACAGACCAAAGCGGCCACUCGCUCUGUACUGCAGUCUGACGUGAGCCAGGUUCUGGUGGACCCCAGCGGGCCCACGCUGAUUCCUCUGAACCAGGUGAACAGCCAGGAGAGCCCCCUGUUCCUGGUCCAUCCUAUCGAAGGCUCCACCUCUGCCUUCAGGACGCUGGCCUCCAAGCUGGGCCUGCCCUGCUUCGGCCUACAGUGCACCAGAGCUGCGCCGCUGGACAGCAUCCAGUCCCUGGCAGCGUUCUACGUGAGCUGCAUCAGACAGCAGCAGCCCGACGGCCCCUACAGAAUCGCCGGCUACUCCUUCGGAGCCUGCGUGGCCUUUGAGAUGUGUUCCCAGCUGCAGGCCCAGAACCACGCUGUAGACUACCUGUUCCUGCUGGACGGCUCCCACUCCUACGUGGCGGCGUACACACAGAGCUACAGGGCUAAGCUGACCCCGGGUAAAGAGUCGGAGGCCGAGACCGAGGCCAUGUGUGCCUUCAUCCAGCAGUUCACCGGCAUCGAAUACAACAAGCUGCUGGAGAAUCUGCUUCCACUUUCAGACCUGAAGGCUCGAGUCAAGGUGGCCGUGGACCUCAUCACCUCCAGCCACAAGAACAUCAAUCGCGACUUGCUGGACUUUGCAGCCUCCACCUUUUAUCAGAAGCUAAAAGCAGCAGAUGGAUAUGUUCCUGCAACAAAAUACCAUGGCAACGUGACGCUGCUACGGGCCAAAACCAGCAGUGACUACGAGCAGAGCCUGGGAGAGGACUACAAGCUUGGCGAGGUGUGUGACGGGAAGGUUUCGGUCCACGUCAUCGAAGGAGACCAUCGCAGCUUCCUGGAAGCAGAGGGGGUGGACUCCAUCAGCACCAUCAUCCAGAACUCCUUGGCCGGGCCGCGGGUCUCCCCAAAGGAAGGCUAACGACACCCCACACCCUCCUCGCUCCACCUCAGCACUGUCGGUGCAGAGGCGGGGUCUCUAUCGGACCCGCUGAGGUUCUGGCUGAGGAUCUUUGGAAACGAGUUUUGGACUUUUUGUUUACAUUUUGUUGCCUGUAGAACGGAGCCUAAAGGCACGUCCAGGUUCUGUUUUAGCUCAAUAAUAAGUUUGUUCCUUUUUAUUAAUGUUAGCUUCAUUCUUAUCAGUUAUGUGAGACAGAAGCUCGGUUCUGCUGGUGAACCUUUGGGCCUGCAGUGAAUCCUGCGGAUGAGCGGCUCUACUGGUACCAGCGGUUCUGGUUCUGAACGCUGAACAGUUGGAGCUAAAUGUGAGUCAGUUUGACUCAACCAGUUUAUUAAAGCCUAACCUUUAACUCACAGCUGUAACCAUGGCGAUGUAAUGAAGCACCGACUCUGCGGUGUGGAUGAUGCCAUCUGAGGAACGGUUUCCUGUCUGCUGAGACCUCAUUGGUCAGUGAAGGGUCAGGUGAUCCUGAUGAAUAAAGCCUCUUUGUAAAACACU